GAGCUGGUGACCUGACUGGGGAUGCCAUGGGCUAUGUGACAGGCGUGCUGGCCGUGCUGAUACACGCUGCCUACCUGGUGCUCAUUCAGAAGACCAGUGUAGACAGUGAAUACGGACCCCUGACAGCUCAGUACGCCAUCGCCGUUUCAGCCACCCCUUUUCUCAUCAUCUGCUCCUUUGCCAGUAUGGAUUCCAUCAAUGUCUGGUCCUUCCCGGGCUGGAAGGACCCUGCCAUGGUGUGCAUCUUCAUCGCUUGCGUCCUGAUUAGCUGUGCCAUGAACUUCACCACCCUUCACUGCACUUACAUUAACUCGGCCGUGACCACCAGCUUCGUCGGGGUGGUGAAGAGCAUAGCCACCAUCACGGUGGGCAUGGUGGCGUUCAACGACGUGGAGCCCACCAAGUUGUUUAUAGCCGGUGUUGUGGUCAACACCUUGGGGUCUGUCAUUUACUGCGUGGCCAAGUACAUCGAGACCAGGCGGCAGAGCAAUUACGAGGACCUGGAGAAAGAAGCUAGAGAAGAGGAAGGGACAAAGCACGCUGGGGACCAAGCACUGUUUGCGAUGGAGGUGAUUUCCCAGGAGAAGGGGGCUGAGGAAGCAGCAGUGGAAGGAUCAGCCACGGGGGACAGCCAGGGUGGAGAAGAAGAGAAGGACAGCCUUGAGAAACCUGCCAAGGGACCGGUGGUCCAGGAGAAAGCCACCGGCACACAAGAAGUGAACAGGAGCUGGCUGAAGGAUGCCUAUCUCGGAGUAUGGAGGUUGGUGAGGGGGGCUAAUUAUAUAAAGAAGGAUUAUUUGAUAGAGAAUGAAGAGCUACCAAACCCUUAAAAAGCGGGUUUGAAAACCCACUGCUUGAGGAGACAGACACCUGGUUCUCUGUAGAGGGGGAAAGGCAGAGCAUACAUUUCCACAUCAAUGCUGAGGAACCCAAAUCCCGUAGGAUGACUUUACCUCAUUGUCAAAAAGCAACAGGUCAGAGUUUGCUCACGCUUUGGGCUUGCUUUCAGCUGCUUGCAGUCCAUCCGUUCAGACCCGCCACAGCUAAAGGUGCCGAGUCCUCCACGGUGGACACGGAGAGAGUUGGGUCUUAGGAAGUCACGGGGUGUUUGCCCAGCAGCCUGGGCCACGGGGGGACAUCAAGUAUACCGUUGAGUGGCAGUGACACGGUGGUGGCCUGUAGCUUAGCUUGUGUCUGGAGCCUUGUGAUCUCAACAGCGUUCGGAGGCUCUGUCAAUGUGCUUCCGUAUCCGUGUCCGUCCAAUUAUAGGUACUCUAUAUCAAUAUAUUCCUACAAUAUAUAAGCUCCCAUUAACUGUACUUCUGUGUGCUCCUCAGCGUCAGUACAAUCGCAACAGAGCUAGAGGCUGGGCCACUUCACUCAUGUUGGGGUCAAAUCACCCUCUUAACUGAAGAAUUGAAACUCUCCCUGACCCUGUGGCAGGGCUGGACCUUGGAGACCUGGUUUACAUGGGGUGGGGUUGUGUCUUCAGUAGAAAUACUUCUGUGGGGCGGUGGUGCACGUGAGAGCAGAACCACAUCUGAAGCUUUGGUUAGCAAAAGGAGGAUGUUCUUCUCUGAGCUUUAACUACACGUAGCAAAUUGGGAACAGUAGCUUGACCCUGAUAAAAGAGUUCGGAAGUGUUGGCAUGUAUUCAUUUGAUUUGGGAGGGCUAUAAAAAAAUAAAAAUAGGGAGAAAGUGUGUGCCUUGUGCUAUCCCCUCCUUGUACCCUAAAGUCAGGUGGAUCAGAGCCUGGACUUCUGGAAACUAGGUGUCCCCAUGGGCUGUGAGGGGCAGAGCUUCCUCUCCCCCCAUGCCCGUUCCAGCCCUCCCAUGGGAAGCAGAUGCUCUAAUGCUAAUAUUUUGUACCAGGGGAAUGGGGAAGAAUGGGGAAAAUAGGCAUUUGAGUGCUCCUUAGCCUGGGGACAUCCUUUUGGGAGGCAGGGGGUCCUUGGGGGCAAACCUUUGCUCGGAACCAGGCAGAGAAGAGCUUUAACUGCCAGUCUUCCUGGUGCCAAAAGGGUGCCCCAACCAUCGGGCACCAGGCCCGAUGACGCCAUCUUGACCACCAGGCUGAAACAAGUUGUUAGCAUCUGCUGAAAAAAAUGAACCAAGUUGUUGGUUUUGU